UAUCUACCAGUUUAUAAGCUUCAAAAUUUACAAACUUUUAUUAUUCCUGAAAUAAAGACAAGUGAACCAAGUUGGUUUUACCUACCAAAUGGAACAUGGAAAAUGUCUCAAUUGAGGCAUCUCCACUUUCAAAGCUUUUAUUUGUGUUCUCCUCCAAAGUUAUCUGCCGAUGACGUUAGGUACCAGGUUUUGGAUAACUUGCAAAGUAUUUAUGGGUUGAGUCCUGAUUGUUGCACCAAACAAAUGUUUGAAGGGAUUAAAAAAGUGAAAAAAUUGGGAAUUUGUGGCAUAAUUGAUUACUUUUGUCGUGAGCCCAAAUCCCUAGAUAAUAUUAUAUAUUUACCUGAGCUAGAGGCACUAAAAAUCGUAGUAUACGACUCUGACAAGGAUGGUUUGCGUCAUAAGCUUCCAGUUCCAUGUCCGGAUUCUUUCCCACCGAAUCUCAAGAAGCUGACACUUCAAGGAGCUUAUCAACCAUGGAAGGCCAUGACAAUCAUUAGCAAGUUGCCCAAACUCGAGGUGCUCAAAUUGAAGGUUAAUUUCUCCUUUGGUUGGGAGCAUGUAGGGGAAAAUGUCUGGGAAGUAUCAGAAGAGGGAUUUCCUAAAUUGAAAUUCUUGCUCCUAGAGAACAGGGAUCUUAAAUACUGGAAGUCCACCGAUGAUUCUUUCCCACUUCUGGAAACCAUAAUUAUCAGAAAGUGUCGUUCCUUACAAGAGAUUCCUCAAGCAUUUGCAGAUAGUAUGACACUGCAGCGAAUUGAGUUACGGGGAUGCACUCCUUCCCUUGUGGAAGUCGCUAAGAAGAUCCAAAAUGAUCAAGAGGAGGAGUUGGGAAACAACAUUCUUAAAGUUGAUGCCUUUGACACAAUCAACUAGAGAGUUAGAUUCAGGUGAAAUUAAUGAAGAAGAAACCAAAGGAAGAUAUAUAGAAGACAGAAGAAACAAAGGAAGAUUGAUGAAACGAGUUUUAAGGACUUGUCAAAUGAAGGUCUGCAUGCCGUUCUUGAUGGCUGUCCACACCUUGAGUCGCUUGACUUACAUCAUUGUUAUAUAAUCCAUCUUGAUGAAGGAGAUUUAGGAAGGAGAUGUAAACAACUGAUUAUAUACCUGAAGGACCCUCAUGAUUCCUCUUAUGAACUCAAUGCUGAAAUUUGGGAUUAUUUGUAUCAUGAUGAAGACUACCCCGAUGCAGUUACUGAGUCUUCGUCUUAUGAUGAUGAUGAGUUCCAUAGGUUCUCUUUGACCAGCCUAGGUCAUCGAGUCUAUGAUGAUUUUAUUGACUACUAUGGCUAAAUCCAUUUACUCGGUUUUAUGAGCUUUUAUUUGA